UAAUGCAGCUAUUUGGUAAGAACCCCGGUGUGCGCAGCUGGCCAUCUUUAUGGAGGCGAGAGAGAAGGGGCGCGGGAGUCGCUGCGGGAGUUACCGUAUUUGCGUUGGGCAGCGCGGACUAGAGGAAAGGCACUGCUGGAGACGGGAGGAACGGGGGCGCAGCCUGGGCUGGCUGUACAAUGGGAAACAAUUGAAGAGGAGCACGGUGCCCUGGGGGAGAGGAUCCUUAGAAGAACCAGCGGGAGUGCACGGAGCCGCACUUGGGGGUGCUUGUGGGGUACUGAGGGCUGCACAGCCUGGGCGGGCUUUGCUGUGGGGAUGCCAAGAGGAAUGAGGCGGAGCUGCCCUGGGAGCUCACAUGCUGGGUCAGUGACUUGCAAACAAGCCUCUCACAGGCAAGCCUCAUUUUUAUAAACAAGGCCGCUGCUUUAGUGUUUGACCGAGGCUACUUUCAAGCUUCAGGGGUUUGGUUUUGUUUCUUCUUUUAAGCUUUGCAAGAAAUAUCCUUAACCCAGCCCCUACGCUUCCCUCCAGACUGAGGAUGCCCCUUCCCGACCCUCUCCUUGAGAAGCGGGCUGGAGAGAGAAGACACAUCCCGGUGCAGGACAGCUGGCAGUAAAUAUGAGGAGCCCCUGAACCUGACCUCUCAGGGUUUGCUCAGUGCCUUGUACGGCAGGCACAGCGCUUGGCGCUGGGAGUAAAGGCGGCAGCUCGGUCCUUACGGUGCUCACAGGCGGGAAGACAAGGUGGCAUGCCUGACAUGUAUGCAGGGUGAUGGGUGAGGGUCAUAAGGUUGGGCCGUGGAGCUCCUGGAGGGCUUCCAGGAGGAGGUGGCACUCCAGAAGGGCCUAAGGAGGGGCGGGAUGUGACGAAGGGGUAGAGGAGAACGAAGGGCACGCAGCGGAGGCACGCUGGCUUCCACAAGACUGCCAAGGGGCGGAUGCUGCACGUGGCGCGAGGACAGAGGAGUGGUCUUCCUGAGGCUGGCUGGCCGACCCGCAGGUCCCCCCUGACUCCUCCCUCUGCUUCUGCCUCCCCAGGGGCUGGUGAUUACAGCUGGAAGUGCCCAUGACCGAGUUGGCGUCCCCGGGGGGCGGGUCCCCCACGGGGGACAGGGAAGAGGGUCUGGGGGACGAGCGAGGCCUGGUCAUCCACCACCCCACGGAGGAGCAGGCGCACCGCUGUCCCCUGUGCGGCCAGACCUUCUCGCAGCAGCCCAGCCUGGUGCGGCACCAGAAGGCGCACGCCGGGGCCCGCGCGGCCGCCUUCGUGUGCCCCGAGUGCGGCAAGGCCUUCAGCGUCAAGCACAACCUGGAGGUGCACCAGCGCACCCACACCGGCGAGCGGCCCUUCCCCUGCCCCGAGUGCGGCCGCUGCUUCAGCCUCAAGCAGAACCUGCUCACGCACCGGCGCAUCCACAGCGGCGAGAAGCCGCACCAGUGCGCGCAGUGCGGCCGCCGCUUCCGCGAGCCGCGCUUCCUGCUCAACCACCAGCGCACCCACGCGCGCCUGCCCGCCCCGCACCCGCGCCGCCCCGGCGUCUUCGGGGAGCGGCGGCCCUACUUCUGCGCCCGCUGCGGCAAGAGCUUCGCGCGCGAGGGCUCGCUCAAGGCCCACCAGCGCAGCCACGGCCACGGCCUGGAGGGCGCGGCGGCCCAGUUAGGCCGCGUGCUCUGAGGCGCGCAGGGCCGGCCGCGGUGUCCUGCCCCCGAGCUGCUCCCUGGGCCCUGGAGGUGGCCCUGGGCGGCGGAUCCCCACCUGGAUGGGAUCCUGGGAGAGGAGGAGGGCUGGCUGGGGUCUUGGAGGAGUGGGCCGCCACCAUGCUCUGCGGCCCCCUUUGGCUCCUCUCUCAGGACCCUCGGGCUGGCUGCGCAUCCCGGCGCUGGUUUCCCUCCGCGGGCUGGCCAGGCCGACAGCACGCAGAAUGCCAGAGUGGAAAGCAACCUGGAGAGGGCCACUGUCCACAGCCCCCAGGCACAGCCCCUGGCCCCAGCACUGUCCGGUGUCCUUGCCAAGUCAUUUCACUUCAUGCCUCAGUUUGCUCAUCUAUGCGGAGUGGGCAGGACCUCUGGACAGUAUGCAAGGCACAUCUGGGCACAGGAACCAGGAUGGAGACCCUGGGAACUGCACCCUGGCAGAGGACACGUGCCCUAAGACCUACCUCGGGGCAUGCCCUGCAGUGACAGCGGAGGGGACCGGUGGAGCCCAGAAUUGGAGGCAGUUCCGUUCCCUGUGAGAGACUCCCUGCACCUGUUGGGAGCCGUGGCUGGGGAAGAGCUCGUCCUGGCUGCCUGGCCACCUGACCAUGGACCUCCACGCUCGUGUGGCAGCGGGGGCCGUGCCUGUGGGGAGAUCUGGCUUCUCUGCCCCCAGGGCCUGGCCCUCCAGAGGUGGGAAGUGGCUGGCCUCCGAUGCCUCGGCACACUGGCAGCAGUCCUGGCUCCAGAGGCACGGCCUCCCGGUGUGAGCCACGCUGCAGGCUUCACCUGCCUUUCAGCGAAGGUUCUUACCAGACUUGGGGGCAUGGAGGCCUUGGAAAAGCUGACAGAGCGAUGAACCGUCUCCCCAGGAACCACACAUUCCCACGUAGAUGCACGAAUCUACCAGCAACACCAGGAGCUCCUGGACUCCAGGCUGGAACCUCAACCCGGGACCCAACCCACCCCCUGCCCCUCCCUGGCCCCGAGGGUCCACCACACAGUAGCAUUCCGCCCUCCCCUGUCGGUCCUCCUUCCCUUGUUCAGGAAUAAAAAUUUCUGAGGAGGGGACCCUGUUCGUCACUCCAUUCUUCCAGCCCUAAGAAACAGCGCGUCAGGCUCUGGAACCUCAGUCCUCCCGCAGACGUCGCUGGCUCCCCGGCCUGACUUUGCCCUUCCCCGGGUCAGGGUUGCUGGCUCUGGCUACCGGGCUGCUGGUGCAGCCCUGGGCUCCUGGCCUGGGCUCUGAGCUCACCAUAAAGGCGAUGGGGAAAGCUGGAUCUUCGUGGACGCCGGGUGAAGCAGAACCCUUUGUGCAGCAGCUACGCCCCGGCCUCAGCCUCCGCCUCCGCCAGGCAUGGGGUGGGGAGGGCUGGGGAGGACACAGUCUCCAUCCCGGGACCAGCCGGCUCCAGGCAAGGAGAGAGGCUGGCAGAGAAGCUUCUGUGUGUCCCCAGCGGCCACUAG